UUAGCACCACUUGACGCCACGUUCAGUGCGGCUGGUUCAUUUCGACCGUUCGUAUCGCGGUGGUGCCCUGCUGAUUCGUGAGCUCAUCAAACAAUUGCCUUUCCGAAGAAAAUAAUGCUGGAGCAAAUUUUCACCAGCGAUGACGCCGUGCGGGAUCCGGCCAAGAGCGCUCACUCGCCGAUACGGAACUUCUUCCGGGGCAAAACCGUGUUCCUCACCGGGGGCACCGGGUUUCUCGGGAAACUGUUCAUCGAAAAGCUGCUACAGUGUGAAGUGCGUGAAAUUGUGCUGCUGAUUCGGAGUAAGCGAGGCCGAACACCGCGGGAACGGCUGCAACGGCAACUGGAACGAGAACCAAUCUACACUCAAUAUUCGCGAGAUGCAAACUACUACUGGAGUAAGCUACGCAUCAUGGAGGGAGCUCUGGAGCAGGAAGAAUUGGGUCUAUCGGAAAUGGAUAUAGACUACCUUCGGACGCACGUCGAAAUCGUGAUUCACUCGGCCGCAGACGUGCGUUUCGACCUUUCGCUGAAAGCCUCCUUCCGUACGAAUGUAUUCGGGGCGCAGCAACUGGUUAACAUUGCACUCCGCAUGCGAAAGUUAGUCUCGUUGCUCUACAUAUCGACUGCCUACUCGAACUGCAUCCAGGAGGUGGUCGAGGAGAAAUUCUACGACACCGAUGUUGACCCAGAGGAGAUGAUGCGCGUCAUAGAAGCCAUCGAUGAACAGCAACUGGAUACACUCAGCCCGAAAAUCAUGCAACCGUGGCCAAACACCUACACGUAUGCGAAAUCCCAGGCGGAGGGCGUAUUCCGAAAGUACUGCGACCGGCUGCCCGUUGUUCUGGUUAGACCGUCGAUAAUAAUUUCUACUUUGGAGGAUCCGAUUGAGGGUUGGACGGACAACAUCUACGGGCUGAAUGGGGUGGUAACCGGUAUCGGAAGUGGCGUCCUGCGCAUUCUGCACCUGAAUGCCGAUUACUGCGUGGAUGUAGUACCUGCCGACCUGGCGGUAAAUGCAUGUCUGGCCGCAAUCUGGUAUACGGCUAGUCAGCCCUAUGAUGCAGCGGACGGCAACGAGCGAGUGUUCAACUGCAUCAGCCGGACUGAUAAUCCUUUCACUUACCGGAAUGUGCGAGAUUUUUGCGAAGAAUUUCGAGGGAAGAUUCCCGCCCUUCAGACCCUUUGGUUCCCGACAGUUACCUUCAUUGAAUCUGCCACGCUGCACUGGUUCCUACAGCUGUUCUACCAUUUUAUCCCGGCUAUAUUCUUCGACAUCUUUGCCAAGAUGAGUGGCCGCGAAGCAAAAAUCCUUUUCCUGUACCGGAAAGUGCAACAGUUUGCCGAUGCGCUGGAAUUUUUCACCACAAACCAGUGGACCUUCAAGAACACCCGGAUGCGCAAGGUCUACGAAAGCAUGUCGGAGGACGACAAGGAAUGUUUCCCGGCAGAUAUCAAACUCGUCAAAUGGGCGGAUUUUAUGCAUAUCUACGUUUUGGGGCUGAGGAAGUACAUUCUGAAGGAAAACCUCAACAAUUUGGAACAGGCAUUGAAAAAAUUCCGGAUACUGAAGUUGGCACAUUAUACGGUGAAAACGGUGGCAUAUUUGACGAUUACGCUGGUUGCGUUUGUACUUCUCCGGAGCUUUUGGACCAAUUUUGUGUCUUACUAUUUAAGUGUUUCAUAAACUAAUAUGAAUGAAUGUUGAUAA